AUGAACGAAGCUGUAAUGCAUUUACAGUAUCAUGCUACAAGUACAGAAGAGUACGAAUUAAUUUCUACUUCUAAUAAUGGUACAAAUGCAUAUGUUAAGAAACAUGGAGGCCAUACAACCGUUGAAAAAUUAAAUAAUAAAAUCCCUGAUCCCAAUAGGUAUAAAACCAUAAUAAAGUUCCUAUGUGAUUUAAAUCGUCCCCAAAAUCUCGAUGGAAGGAUUAUUACAGGAAAAGUUGUUCGUGUAUACACUCCAAAUUUAGUAAUGGUGCAACAACGUUAUAGAACCCUUUAUGGAUCAUCUCAAAAAUAUUUUUAUGCUUUAGCCCCAAAAGCUGAAGUAGAUGAAAACACAACAGUAAUUGUCUAUGCAUCAGCAAAUAUAAACGAUCACAACCGUGCUGAUAAAAAAUUAUAUCAAAACACUAUCUUAGAAAGUGCAAAUUCAUUUAAAACCGAAGUAAAUUCUGAAGUCGAUAUUAGAAAUGGUGAAUUAAAAAAAUUGUUUGUUAACUUAUUUGGAUUUCUCAUUAAAAAAGAAGAUGGACAUGUUGAUUUUACAUGCGUCAGCUCUAUUUAUGAAAGCGUUUCAAAUAGCCUAAAUUCCUUUACUAAAUUGUGCAGAGCACAAAAUUGGUAA